CCAACACAAGCAGCACGUGUUCUUACUUCAACUUGACUUCUUAUCUCUCUCUCUCUCACUCCAGCUGAUCACCUCAAUCUUCACGGCCGCUCCGCCUCUCCAAUUUCACAAUCUAUACCCUCUUUCGCUCGAGAAUUUGGUUUUCUUUCACACAGAUUAAUGGCUCGCGCACAAGUACCUCAAUUCGGUGACUGGGAAACUGAAGAAAUCCCCUACACUAUGUAUUUCGAUAAUGCAAGGAAGGAUAAGAAGGGUGGUCAGAUUUACCAAAUGAAUCCCGAUGACAGUGUUGAGGCUGAAUCUAAGGAUAAAAAAUCAUCUUUUGAAAAAAAUCCAAAGCAUCAGCGACCUUCUAGCCGAGAGGAGGGUGAAGUAAGGAAAUCAACCAGUUCACCAGAUGUAGUCAAUCAUAGACCUGCAAAUGACACAUCUCAUAGAAGGCAUAACUCUUCACAAUCUGGAAGUGAUAAGUUAGAAGUAGAAGCAUUGAAGCCUAUAGAAAUCCGUAGACCAAGACAUGAUCGGCGGUCUAGCAGAGAAGACGGUGAAAUGAGAAGGCUAACUGAUUCUCCAUUGCGUCAUGAGACUGCAGGCCGAAGAAAUAGUUCCAACUCACCUCACCAUCGCUAUGGUGGCUCGAGUGCGGGUGAAACACCUAAGAGGCAUGCAAGGAACAGUGUAGGGUCUGAUCGCAGUACUGAUCAUUCACCACUACAUCCGCAUUCCCAAGCAAGAGUUGGAGGAAGAAAUAUUGGAGUUUCUUCUCCUUCGUGGGAAAGGAAAGCUACAUCCGAUGGGAGCCAAAGUUUAGCACCCACUACUCCUGGAAGGUCUCGGCUGAGAUCAGUUACACGAGGCGAUGACUCACCUGAUCGAGGCCCUGCUGUUCCCAAAUUUGGUGACUGGGAUGAGACUGAUCCUUCUGCAGCAGAAGGGUACACUCAAGUUUUUAACCUAGUAAGAGAAGAGAAAAACAGCGAAACGGGAAAGGUACCUGUAAAGCCGACUGAAACAUCUUAUUCCAGUACCCAGAAGGAAGCAAAUGAUAAUGCCAAGGGGUGCUUUUGCUUUUCGUGGACUAGAAGAUGACAAUGAUUGAACACGGUAAGUGAGAUCAGUCGUAUUGUAAGGCAUUUCUUUUUGUAUAGCUUGUGCGCGGCGCAAAUUGCAAUUCUAAGUUAUACAAGUUUUUAUGACACUUGAUAUUUUUAUUCAGAAAGACCAGACCGGCUCUGGUAUAAUUUUUUUCCAAUGUAAGUUCAACUUACUCUGCUUUCCUUUAAUCUUUGUAAUUUUGUAUUCAGUUAGUCCCUUUGAUGUCUCUGAUCAAAUGCUAUAUUAUUGCAAUUUUGGGUGUUUUGAGUUGGAGAUAGUUUGUUUGUAUGAGUUCA